GAAGUUGAAAUGAUAUGUGUGACUGUGUUUUCACUUUUGUGUUCAUUUUAAUGAACUUUUUAAUAUCCUUCCAUUUCUUUAAAAUAUACAUUAUAUUCAUUAUUAUAGGAAUAUUUAAUUUAUUCGAAGUAGGUGGUCCGAGAUUCUUUAUUUAUUUAUGUGUUUAAUUUUUUGACAGGAACAUUUUUCAUUUCGACAAAAUAAUGAGAAAAUCCGAUUAAAUAUCGACCAUCUAGCUCCAAUUGAUUUAAAACUGGAAAUGUUUGCGGAAUAUGUUUGAAGAAGAAUCAAUAAGCAACUUUUGCUAUAUAAAAUAAUACACAAAUACACCAUAAACUGGGUUGCUGCUAUCGGUAAUAAAACUAAGACACAACAAAAUACUAAAAAACAAAAUAUACAGAACGAAGCCGCUAAGUUUCAGUAAACUCUGUCGCGAGGCAGCGCUCGUGUUUAUGGCGCUCGCGAGGUGUGCGCCACUGUUUGGAUCUCGAUGCGGAUGUGACAUUUCAUUUCAUUUCAAGAGCGCGACCGCCAUUUUGAGCUUUACCUCGAGCUGAACAUAAACCGCAGGAGCGGGCGAGAGAGACUCUGGCCGUGACCGGGCAAAAUUAGCGUUUCUCCUUUGAAUAGCCUUCUGGGAUGCAGCUUCGGGGUGAACUCGAGCGUUAGAUGUUCAGGUUAGCUUCACUUGUGAUAACGGCGAGGCGAGACGUGGGCAUCUUUGUGAGACUGAACUUCUAAACGAGGACGAUUUCACAUUAGAGUCUGGUUUGAAUGGAUAGGUUUUUUCUCCGCUCCCCCCCAAAAGAGGGACAAUCGGAGGAGCACACGGACUGGAAAUAUUGCAGGCAAAGUUGUAUUUAGAAAAUAAGCUCUCGGAGGCGCAUGAGUCGCGCUGUUUAUUCCAUUGUCACUUUUUCUAGCUCCAGCUGGGCUAUAUCUGUGUUUUCCCCGGCUGCAGGUUGUUGUGAGUUGCAGUCAGUCCGCACUUCUACGGGGCAACGCCGGGGUUUCAUUCAUCGGGCCUUAGUUAAGCAGAAGCCCGAGGCUACCGACUAUCCUUAACCUUAGCACCCCUUCACCCAGGCGCCGAGAUUGGGCGAAUAGCGAGCAAAUACGUCCGCGUUUCUCUGCCUGCUCCCCCACCGGCCUCCCUUCCUCCAUCCCCGGCGCUGACAGCAAACAAGGCCGAGGUCGUCUUAGUGCAGGCCCAGCCGCAAAGGCUCGACCUGUUUACUCCUCCGACUCCCCAGCAGCCUCUGCCCGCGGAACCGUCACCAGACCGGCCCGAGGGAGACAGAGAGCCCAGGCGUCACCCCAUCCUAACAGCCGCCGACAUGAACCACCAUCACACCCAGCAGCAGCAGCAGAAAGCCGGCGAGCAGCAGCUCAGCGAGCCCGAGGACAUGGAGAUGGAGGCUGGGGACCCAGAUGAUCCUCCAAGAAUUCCCCAGAAUCCAGUCAUCAAUGGGAACGUGGCUAUGGCGGAUGGACACAACAACACAGAGGAGGACAUGGAGGAUGACACAAGCUGGCGCUCAGAAGCCACUUUCCGCUUUGUGGUGGAGCGCUUUAGCAGGCUGAGUGAGUCUGUUCUCAGCCCACCCUGUUUUGUGAGAAAUCUUCCCUGGAAGAUCAUGGUGAUGCCACGCUUUUACCCAGACAGACCUCACCAGAAGAGCGUUGGAUUCUUCCUCCAGUGCAAUGCUGAGUCAGACUCUACGUCCUGGUCAUGUCAUGCUCAAGCCAUGCUCAAAAUAAUCAACUACAAAGAUGAUGAGAAAUCCUUUAGCCGCCGCAUUAGUCACCUGUUCUUCCACAAGGAAAACGACUGGGGCUUUUCCAACUUCAUGUCAUGGAGUGAUGUGACUGAUCCAGAACGGGGCUUUGUUGAGGAUGAUAAGGUCACUUUCGAGGUCUAUGUUCAAGCUGAUGCGCCUCACGGUGUGGCCUGGGAUUCAAAGAAACACACUGGUUACGUGGGGUUGAAGAAUCAAGGAGCCACGUGUUACAUGAACAGCUUACUACAGACUCUCUUCUUCACAAACCAGCUUCGACGGGCGGUUUAUAUGAUGCCUACUGAGGGAGAUGAUUCCUCUAAAAGCGUUCCCCUCGCCCUGCAGAGGGUGUUCUAUGAGCUCCAACACAGUGAUAAGCCUGUUGGGACAAAGAAGCUGACUAAGUCUUUUGGAUGGGAGACUCUAGACAGUUUCAUGCAGCAUGAUGUACAGGAACUGUGCCGAGUGCUGUUGGACAAUGUGGAGAACAAGAUGAAAGGAACUUGUGUGGAAGGCACAAUCCCAAAACUCUUCAGAGGCAAGAUGGUGUCCUACAUCCAGUGUAAGCAUGUGGACUAUCGGUCAGAAAGAAUAGAGGAUUACUACGACAUCCAACUCAGCAUAAAAGGAAAGAAAAACAUCUUUGAGUCAUUCAAGGAUUAUGUGGCAGUGGAACAGCUGGAUGGGGAUAACAAAUAUGAUGCAGGGGAACAUGGUCUACAGGAAGCAGAGAAGGGUGUAAAGUUCCUGACCUUCCCUCCUAUUCUGCACCUACAGCUCAUGAGGUUCAUGUACGACCCUCAGACUGACCAAAAUAUUAAGAUAAAUGACAGGUUUGAAUUCCCAGAGCAGUUACCUCUGGAUGAGUUUCUGCAGAAGCCAGAUGUUAAAGACCCAGCCAACUACAUUCUCCACGCCGUCUUGGUGCACAGCGGAGACAACCACGGUGGUCACUACGUCGUCUACCUUAAUCCUAAAGGAGACGGCAAAGUGAGUGUCACCGCACCAAUAUGGUGUAAAUUUGAUGAUGACGUUGUUUCACGGUGCACUAAAGAAGAGGCCACUGAGCACAAUUACGGUGGUCACGAUGACGACUUGUCAGUGCGUCACUGCACCAACGCUUACAUGUUGGUGUACAUCAGAGAGUCUAAGCUCAGUGAGGUCUUGCAGCCGGUCACUGAUGUGGAUAUUCCUCAGCAGCUGGUUGAGAGGCUGCAGGAGGAGAAGAGGGUGGAAGCCCAGAAGAGAAAAGAAAGGCAGGAGGCUCACCUUUACAUGCAAGUACAGAUGGUGACAGAAGACCAGUUCUGUGGGCAUCAGGGCAAUGACAUGUAUGAUGAAGAGAAAGUAAAAUACACAGUGUUCAAAGUUCUGAAGAGCUCCACUCUGGCUGAGUUUGUUCAGAACCUCUCACAGACCAUGGGUUUCCCACAGGACCAGAUGAGGCUGUGGCCAAUGCAGGCCAGAAGCAACGGCACUAAACGGCCAGCCAUGUUAGACUAUGAAGCAGAUUGCAACAAGUCUAUGAUCGACUUGAGCGAUAACGAGAACCCAUGGACAAUAUUUCUGGAAACUGUAGAUCCAGAAAUGGCCGCCAGCGGUGCAACGUUACCCAAGUUCGACAAAGACCAUGAUGUUAUGUUAUUCUUGAAGAUGUAUGAUCCAAAAACCAGAAGCUUAAAUUAUUGUGGACAUAUCUACACACCUAUAUCCUGUAAAAUACGAGGCUUGCUGCCCAUUAUGUGUGAAAGAGCAGGGUUUCAGCAGGGAACUAGCCUUAUCCUCUAUGAGGAAGUUAAACCGAAUUUAACGGAGCGAAUACAAGACUAUGACGUCUCCCUGGACAAGGCUCUGGAUGAGCUGAUGGACGGAGACAUAAUUGUGUUCCAGAAGGAUGAUCCUGAAAAUGAAACCAGUGAGCUGCCUACUGCAAAAGACUACUUCAGAGACCUGUACCACCGUGUGGAUGUCAUCUUCUGUGACAAGACCAUUCACAAUGACCCAGGCUUUGUUGUGACACUGUCGAACCGAAUGAACUACUUCCAGGUGGCAAAGACUGUUGCACAGAGGUUAAACACUGACCCCAUGCUCCUACAGUUCUUCAAGUCACAGGGGUACAGAGAUGGCCCUGGCAACCCACUCAGGCACAACUAUGAAGGCACUCUCAGAGACCUGCUGCAGUUUUUCAAGCCCCGGCAGCCUAAGAAGCUCUACUACCAGCAGCUCAAGAUGAAGAUCACAGACUUCGAGAACAGGAGGAGUUUCAAAGCCAUUUGGCUCAACAGUAUGUUUCGAGAGGAGGAGAUCACACUAUACCCUGACAAGCAUGGCUGUGUUCGGGACCUUCUGGAGGAAUGUAAAAAGGCAGUGGAGCUGUCUGACAAAGGCUCCGAGAAGCUGAGGCUGUUAGAAAUUGUCAGCUACAAAAUCAUUGGGGUUCACCAGGAAGAUGAAUUGCUAGAAUGUUUAUCUCCAGCAGCCAGUCGAACAUUCAGAAUAGAGGAAAUCCCUCUCGACCAGGUGGACCUGGACAAGGAGAAUGAAAUGCUGAUUCCAGUUGCACAUUUCCACAAGGAAGUCUUUGGCACAUUCGGAAUUCCCUUUUUGCUCAAGAUCCGUCAGGGGGAACCCUUCAGAGAAGUGAUGAAGAGAAUUCAGAGCAUGCUUGACAUUCAGGAGAAAGAGUUUGAAAAGUUCAAGUUUGCAAUCGUGAUGAUGGGCCGGCAUCAGUAUAUCAACGAGGAAGACUACGAGGUGAAUCUGAAAGACUUUGAGCCACAGCCAGGGAACAUGUCGCACCCGAGGCCUUGGUUAGGGCUCGACCACUUCAACAAAGCUCCAAAGAGAGGUCGCUACACGUAUCUGGAAAAAGCGAUCAAGAUUCACAACUGACAAGCCCCCACUGUAACCGACCAUACUAAAGACUUUAACCAAACCUCUUGUGUGCACCACGUUUAACACCUGCUGUCUGGGUACACCGUCUUCAGCUAAUGGAGCGACUGCUGAUGCUCCUGUUUUCCUUUUGAGGCUGUUCGAUUUGGCUUCUCUAACUAUUGACUGCCUGUUUGUCUGGAAGAAUGAAUUGGAUUUUAACAAGAAAGGGGGAACAGUAUGUCCUAGACUUUUGUUUAGAUUUUUAUUUUUUGUUUGUUUGGUUUUCUUUUUAAGUUAGUUUUUUUUUUUUUUUUAAUUGUUACGGCAAGAAAGCUGCUGCAUUGUGAGGUGGAGGCGAUGGAAAGAGGAGUUUUGUCAUUUCCAGACGAUUAAAAGGGUUCCUCCAUCCUUCAACAACAACAAAAAAAAGCUUUUGCUAGUUGCCCUGACAUGGUUGUCUAUUUUCUGGUCCCUUAGUGCAACUAGUCCAUUUUCAUGUUUACACGAUUCUACUUUCACACUUAAGUUUGGUUGGAGAAAUUCAGUUUGUCUUCUCUGGAAAUCCUGUAUAAUAAAGAGCCACAGCAUCCGUUUUAAAAUAAAUAAAAAUGAAAUAAAUUGUCUGUACUUCAUCUUGCACGUUGGCACUUAAUAUCCAAGGUUUUACAUUUCUCAGCACUGUUAAAUGUAAUCUUGGCUGGAGUUUGAUUUGCAUAUCCCUUUGGUUUGUAUCCCCCAUUCUUUAGCUCCUCUGUCACUGGCUGUGGGAUUAUUCUGAUGUGGAGGGAGGCGUCGCUUGCUGACGGCUCCAGAUUUGUUGUACUGUUUGUUGGCACGAGGUUGCAGACGUAUAGAAGACUGGUUCGGGACUUUAAGAAACCAGCAUUAACCAAUACCAUUGUUUUUUUUCUUUAAGCACCGAAGGAAUGCUCCCUAGUGCAUAGUUGGCUUUGUAAAAUCAAUUACAAUUGUAUAUUUAAAGAAUGAACAUGUAAAAUUAAAAACGCCGAAUUGUUGGGUACAGAUCAAUUCAGAUGUUCAUAUUCAUUUGUGUGUAGUUUUAUUUCGGAUCCUGACAGUUUCAUUUGGUCUUUAGUUUUUUUUUUUUUUCCUUAACUAAUUGCCGCAGUUUGUCUCGUUUAAGUGCAGUACAAAGAAAACCUGCAGAUCACAUCUUUCAUUUUUGAUUUUUGUUUUCUUCUCUCUUCAGUCUAAUUCCUCCGUGUAGCAGCAGUGUAUGACAACUCUUCCUGUAUAUUGCCUUUUUGCUGGAAAAUGUAUGUUGAAUAAAAUUUUCUAUAAAAGCUAAA